AUUAACAUGCUUAUAUGCCAAUUAUUAUUUUAUUUUCCAUAACAUUAUAUUUAUCUUAUCAUUGCUGACAUUAAACAUAACCCACAAUUAAUUUGGCCAUUGUUGGAUAAUGAAUUAAGAGGCCAUUUAGCAUGUUAAGAGUAAUCAUAUGUUUUUAAAAGCUACUUGGAUAUGCCAACUGCAUAAUUAUAUACUUUUUUAACAAUUACAAACAAUAAUACUUUAAAUAUUGUAUAUGGGGCCGAAAUGUCUGGGGCAGAAACGGUAUGGGGCAGAAAUUAUUUGGGGCAGAAACAUCUGGGGCCGAACAUGCACCGGCUUCAUCUUCAUGUGCAAACAUUUGAUUUUUUGUUUCUUUUUAUGUGUUAAUUCAGAGAUGAUUUAUAAUACUAAUAAAUAAAUAAAUAAAUAUAUAUAUAUUAACACCACAUACGUCAAACCGAGGUAGUCGCUAGUCUUCUAUCGUAAAAAACAACAACAAAAACGCUUGACCAAGUAUCGAUUGUUGUGUAGCAACACAUCAAUAUUUCGUUGGUUAAGGUCACAGAAAACAAUUUAAUAAUGUCUCAUUGUUUUCCCUUAACUUCGCACUAAUGAGUUACAUAAAAUAAAUUAAUUUACUAUAGCUACUAAACAAUAUGCUUUAUGUGACUUCUACGGUUCUGACAUGUUUUUUAUUCUGAGAACUGCGCUUUUGGUUCAUAAUAUUUAGGGUUUGUGGGAUUUCCUCCGGUGUUUCACAACUUCCAGUAAUGCGUUAUAAAUUGCCACAGCAGACGAACACUCGGUUAGCGGCCUAAACGAUAGGUCGAGAACUUCUAUCGUUUUAAACCGAUAUUUUUUUUUCGAUAGAUGAUAUUAGAUCUGACAAUAACAUUGACCCAUAUUCAGCUGAGGUUAUUUUUCAUACUAAUGUUUUGGUGAUGAUACACGAAACGAGACACGCGGUUAUAUCAUCUCUAGACAAGGUCACGAUGUAUGCGGAUAUGGGUUCAUACUCCAUUUUCGGUCAAGAUGGCUGUUCAGCAAAACUAUGCUCCUGGAAAUAGUGUUAAACCAGGCACAAUGGUGGUCAAAGUGGAUGAAGUGCUGAAACAUCUGGGCAAGCCCGGACGCUUCCAGAUAAUUAUUUUUAUUUUACUUUGCUGUAAUUACAUGCCCUUGGUGUUCAAUCAUGUGGUCAUGGCAUUCUUUGGCUCUCGAAUUUCUCACGUCUGCAAUGCUGUGAAAAAUGAGACUGUGUAUUAUGAAACAGGUGGGAAGAACCUAACAGUUCAGCGUAUUGAGAAUACCAAGUGUGAAUCGAACCUGUACCUGGAGAAAAACACCAACUUAACGGUCCGGUGUGAAGGAGGUGAUUGGUCGUUCAAACCUAUGCCAGGGGAGACAACUAUAUCAAUGGAGUGGGACUUGGUAUGUAACGAUGAAUAUCUCAAUGGACUGGCAACAACAAUUUACUUCUGCGGUGUGAUGUUGGGUGGCCUCAUCUUUGGCUAUCUCUGUGAUCUGAUUGGAAGACGACCAAUAAUGCUCGUUACUCUGUACAUGCCUGUAGCCAUUGGAGUAGGAAUUUUCUUUGUGCCUUCGUAUAUCUGGUUUGUGUGCCUGAGAUUUGUUCAAGGAGUCUUAAUGCAGGGUCUUCAGAUUUCAAGUUAUGUUUUGGUAGCUGAACUUUUCUUGCCAAAUUUCCGUCCGUAUGCUGGUGCUGUUAUCGAGUGUUUCUGGGGCUUCAGUGUCAUGAUCUUGGCUGGGUUUGCUUAUUUCAUUAGGGACUGGCGCUACAUGCAGCUAGCAAUCAGCAUUCCCAGUGUCUUGGCUCUGUUUUAUAUAUGUUUUAUACCCGAAUCUUUGCGAUGGAUGUCACUGCAGGGGAAAACGGGCGAGAUACAGAAAACAGUUGAGAAAAUCGCCAAGUUUAACAAGUGUCCCUUACCCCAAGAGCAGCUGGACAGUCUGUUAGUUGUAGUUGAGGCCAGACAGGAAGCGGGCUUACAGCGUUACAACAUAAUACAUCUGAUGAAAACGCCCAGGCUGAGGAAAAGAAGUCUGAUUAUGUUUUAUGUUUGGCUUUCUGUUGCCGUGGGAUACUAUGGCCUUACUUUCAGAAUUACCCAACUAGCAGGCAACAAAUACCUCAACUUCUUCAUUGGGUCCUGUGUGGAAAUGUGUGCUUAUCUGCUGGCAAUUCUUAUUAUGAAAAGAUUUGGCAGAAGGAAGCCUAUGAUUGCUUACGGAUUUCUAGGAGCUGUGACCUGCAUUAUAGCUGGAGCUCUCCCUUCCACAGUGACAGGAUUUGGAUUGGAUCUGAAACUGGUUUCAACUGGAUUUGCUAUAGUCGGAAGAUUCUCAAUGGCUGGCAUGUUUAGUGUGAUAUUUCUGUUCACAUCUGAGCUGUUUCCAACAGUCAUACGCAAUAUUGGAAUGGGAGCAUGUGCUUUCUGGGCCCGUUUUGGAGGUGUCAUUGCACCACAGAUUAACACAUUGGGUAGGAAAACCUCAUCUUCUGUACCAAUUAUCAUCUUUGGAGUGAUGACACUUAUUGCUGGAUUCUUAAUCUGCUUUCUGCCAGAGACUCAUGGGAAAAAACUGCCAGACACCAUUGAUGAUGUAGAGGGAGACGACUCUAUCUUGGAUGAGACUGUGACACAUGCUAGUCAGAAUGGAAAGGAAAAACCUGAAGCAGAUAAGCUCCUUACUAUUUCAAUGAUGCCACAACCUGAAGAAGAUAAUCUCAAUACUAAUACUUCAAAUACUCAGCUACCUGAAGCAGAUAAUGUCAAUACUGAUACUUCAGUGACUCGACUGUAGUUCGUUUGGGUGUACUUCAUUACUAAUGGUGCAUUAGUAUACCAAUACUGUAAAUCCUGAAAUUAAUACAUCCCUGAAUAAAUGCGAGUGACGAUGGGCAGACUAAAAUGUGACAUGUGCCCUCGUUAUGAAAUAUUACUUUCUUAAUAACACAUGCCUGUGUACUUUUCAACUUUAGUUUACAACUAUAUCUUCCUAAGAUAUGACGUCAAAGUUGCAGCAAACUUGAACAGUAAAAAUAAGGAAAUGGUCAAUCUCAGGAUUACUAUAGUGAUAAAGACAGCUUGAAACCGUGUGAUAAAGGUAUUUUGUAUCGCAUAUAUGUGCGAUAUGGACCGGAAUUUUUAAAUGGGGAAUUCUAUUUUUCUUUUUACUGCAAUUAGCGCCUUUUAUUUACUGACCUCAUAUAUGAUUUACAAAUGACAUCAGAUCAUAUUUGAAACAUUACACAAGGCUGCCGCAGAG